AUGUUGAAGUCAUCAUCAUCAUCAUCGUCUCUCUUCGCGAACUCGAUUCUUCUUCUCCGAUGGAAGUCAAUGUCAGAGCUUACCAAAACUCACGCCCUAGUAAUCACACUCGGUCUCUCCGAAGAAGAGCCUUUCGCUUCCAGAGCUCUCUCCUUCUCCGCUCUCUCUCCCUCAGGCAACACCGAUUACGCUUACAGAUUCUUGACAAGAUUAUCAAACCCUCCGAAAUUCAGCUGGAAUUUCGUGAUACGUGGCUUCUCCAAUAGUAAAACCCCCGAGAAGACGAUCCAUGCCUAUAUCCAGAUGUUGAGAAACGGAUUCUCACCGGAUCAUAUGACUUAUCCGUUUCUCAUAAAAUCGACUUCUCGUCUAUUGAACAGAGGAAUUGGUGGUUCGUUGCAUUCAUCCGUUUUAAAAAAUGGGUUUGUGUGGGAUUUGUAUAUAUGUAACUCUCUUAUCCAUAUGUACGGUUCGUUGAGAGAUAGUGUUUCUGCACGCAAGGUGUUCGAUGAAAUGCCUGAUAAGAAUUUGGUGACUUGGAACUCUAUCUUGGACGGGUACGCGAAGUGCGGGGAUGUUGUUUCCGCGAGACGGGUGUUCGAUGAAAUGACUGAGAGAGAUGUUGUGUCUUGGAGUUCUAUGGUGGAUGGGUAUGUGAAGAGCGGAGAGUAUGACGAAGCUCUUGAAGUAUUUGAUGAGAUGAUGAGAGUGAGUAACGUAAAGGGGAACGAAGUUACUAUGGUUAGUGUCUUGUGCGCUUGUGCUCACUUGGGUGCGUUAAGCCGAGGAAAGGCGGUGCAUCGGUAUAUAGUUGAUAAGUGUUUGCCUUUGACAGUUAUGUUGCAGACGUCUCUUAUUGAUAUGUAUGCGAAGUGUGGGUCGAUAGGAGACGCUUGGGGGGUGUUUUGUGGAGUGAGCGUUGAGGAGACAGAUGUGUUGAUGUGGAAUGCUAUGAUUGGAGGGCUUGCUAGUCACGGUUUCAUAAGAGAGUCGCUCCAACUGUUUUACAAAAUGCAAGAAUCUGAGUUUGAACCGGAUGAGAUAACGUUCUUGUGCUUGCUUGCUGCUUGUUCACAUGGAGGGUUAGUGAAAGAAGCUUGGUAUUUGUUUAGGAGACUCAAGAAAAGUGGAGCAGAACCGAAGAGUGAGCAUUAUGCGUGUAUGGUCGACGUGCUUUCCCGUGCUGGUUUAGUGAAAGACGCAUAUGGUUUUAUAUCAGAAAUGCCGAUGAAACCUACCGGUUCGAUGUUGGGUGCGUUGCUUAAUGGGUGUAUAAACCAUGGGAACUGGGAGCUUGCGGAAAUGGUUGGGAAGAAGCUUGUGGUGCUGCAACCGGAUAAUGAUGGAAGAUAUGUGGGGUUAGCAAACGUUUAUGCGAUCAAUAAGCGGUUUGGAGCGGCGAGGUCUAUGAGAGAAUCAAUGGACAAGAAAGGAGUGAAAAAAGUUGCAGGACAUAGUAUAAUUGAUUUGGAUGGAACACAAUACAGAUUCAUAGCUCAUGACAAAACGCAUUUAGAGUCUGAGAAGAUCUACACUGCGUUACAUCUGGUUGGUACUUGGAUGGAUCUCAGUGUUGAUAGUGACUUUAAUGAGAACUAUAAUUGUAUUUGUUCUUAAUCAUAUGAUAUAGCAAGGUUUUCCUUGAUUUUUUGACCUAAACUUUGGAUUUCUUGUAGUGGAAGUUAUAAUUAGAC